AUGACGGACUUCAAGAAGGACAUUCUGCUGAAAAAGAAAGUUCUGCUGAUCUCAGUAUUGUUGGCGGUUGCUGUGGUGACGAUCAUACUGGGUUUGGGUUUGGGUCUCGGUCUACAACUGCAGAACUGCAAGAAUAAAGAUGUGUCUGUGUCGUGUAGGAAUCGCUGCUACGAGCCGUUUGAUGAAAACUCUGCAUCCUGUCGCUGUGAUACACAGUGUGUUGCCAAUAACAACUGUUGCUAUGACUACCAGGACAUCUGUCUGCAGCCCGCUGAGAGUUGGGAGUGUACGCCGCUACGGUGCGGAGAGAUCCGACUGACUGACAGUAAAUGUCACUGUUCACAUGACUGUAUGAGCGCUAAAGACUGCUGCUCAAACUACAACAGCAUCUGUAAAGGAGACACAGAGUGGGUUCAGGAUGAGUGUGUGGACAUAAACACACCUAAAUGUCCAGCCAGUUUUAAGAGACAGCCACUGUUGUUGCUCUCACUGGAUGGUUUAAGAGCUGAAUAUCUGCAGACGUGGAGCUCAUUAAUACCAGUACUGGACAAGAUACGACAGUGUGGUACUUCAACACCUUUCAUGCAGGCUGUGUUCCCCAGUAAAACGUUCCCCAAUCAUUACUCCAUUGUCACAGGUCUGUAUGCAGAGUCACAUGGUCUGGUGGAUAAUAACAUGUAUGAUCCUGUGUUUGAUGCCUCAUUCAGUCUGUCCAGCAGUGAAAAAGACAAUCCCAGAUGGUACCAGGGACAACCGAUCUGGAACACAGCCAUGUAUCAGGGAGUGAAAGCAGGAACGUUCUUCUGGCCAGGAUCUGACGUUCCCAUAAACGGGAGUCUGCCAAAUAUCAACAUGAAUUACAACGGUUCAGUCCCAUUUGAAGAGAGAGUGUUCACCAUUCUCAAGUGGCUGCAGUUACCGGAUAACGAACGGCCUGAUUUCUUCACUCUGUAUCUGGAGGAACCUGAUAAAUCUGGACACAGUUUUGGACCGGUCAGCGGAGGGUUGAUCACAGGUCUGCAGGGGGUGGAUAGGGUCAUAGGUCAGCUGAUGAAUGGACUCAAACAACUCAACCUUCAUCAGUGUGUCAACAUCAUCAUCGUCGCUGAUCACGGUAUGGAGGAAACCAGCUGUGACAGGAAGGAAGUUCUACAGGAGUUUGUGGGUGAUGUGAAUCACCUGUAUGUUAAUGAGGGGCCGUUUGGACGAAUCAGAGCAAAAGAUAAAACACAUACCUUGGACGCCGCUGCGCUCGUGGCAAAUAUGACUUGUAAAAAGCCGAAGCAGCAGAUAAAACCGUACCUGAAACAUCACCUGCCCAAACGAUUCCAUUACGCAAACAACAGACGAAUCGAAGACGUCAAUGUCCUCGUAAACCCUCGCUGGCUGUUUGAGAGGUAUCCGGGCUCUCUCACUUACUGCUCAGGGGGAAAUCAUGGAUACGACAAUGAUGUCUACAGCAUGCAGGCAGCGUUUCUCAGUUUAGGGCCAAAAUUCCUCUUUCAGACAGAAGUGGAUCCGUUUGCCAACAUUGAGCUGUACAAUCUCAUGUGUGAUGUUCUGGGAAUCAGUCCGUUCCAGAAUAACGGCACUCACGGCAGUCUGAAUCACCUGCUGCGGGCUCCACCUCACACACCCCAUCACCCGCAGGAACAGAGCGCACCGCAGCAGUGCCCGCUCACCAGCCUACAGCCAACACACACACUCAACUGCAGCUGCCCACAACUGGAUGGAAUGAAUCUCAACACACGAUUAAAUCUCACAGACACAGAAGUGUCAGCGAGCGUGAGGAGACACAUGUUGUUCGGCCGUCCGCGGAUUCUACACACUGAUGCUGAAUACUGUCUGCUGUAUCAACACGGAUUCAUCAGUGCAUAUAAUACACACACACACACACCUGUGUGGAGCUCAUUUACUGUGGACAAACCGGUUGAAGGUGGUUCUGUGUCUCCGGUUGUCUCAGAUUGUCUCCGAGCAGACGUCAGGAUUCCAGUCAAUCAGAGUGCAACAUGUGAUCAGUAUGAGAACGCUGUUAACAUCACACACUCUUUUCUGUACCCGCCCAAUCUAAACAGCUCAUCUGAAGAACAGUUUGAUGCUCUCACACUGGGUAACGUGGUGCCAAUGUACCCGCAGUUUAAGAGAUUGUGGCAGUAUUUUCAGGAGGUGUUGUUACUCAAGUACGCGUCGCAGUAUUACAGUAUUAAUGUUGUAACGGGUCCUGCUUAUGAUUAUGACUACGACGGACACUUUGACACUCCAGAGCAGAUUCAACAGUUUGUUGCAGGUACAGAUAUUCCUCUCCCCACACAUUAUUUUGCGGUUCUCACGAGCUGUAAGGACGACAGACAGACGGUAAACGAGUGUACCGCAGAACUGCAGACCAUUUCAUUCCUGUUACCUCACAGAGAAGAGAACUCCGAGAGCUGCAUGAGCGAUCAGCCCGAGUCGCAGUGGGUGGAGUCACUCCUCUGGAUGCACCAAUCACGUGUGAGAGAUGUGGAAUGGAUCACUGGACUGGACUUUUAUCAAGACAGCAAGCGGCCAAUCCCUGAGCUCCUGCGACUCAAGACCCGCCCAACCGCUGCCAUUCAUCCAAAACCCUGAACCAAACAUGUUCAUGUCCAUCUCAUUUAAUUUAUGUUUUUAUGUGAGGUUGAUUUUAGUGUUUCAAAAGAAUUAAAUGAAAAUAUUUAUUGACCUGAGCAGAUAUCAUGUGUGCCAUAAACACACGAAACAUUA